AUGAGUCGCGGUGCACCAAGAGGCGGCGGGUUUGGUCGAGGAGGUGGGCGUGGCGGCGGCGGACGGGGGGGAUUUCAACAGCGCGAUUUUGGACCUCCAGAAACUGUCCUUGAAAUGGGUUCAUUCAUCCAUGCGGUUGAGGAUGAGAUGCUCUGUUCGUCUCUAAUGCCCGACAAAGUGCCCUACUUCAAUGCCCCAAUCUAUCUGCAAAACAAGUCCGUUAUCGGCAAGGUGGACGAAAUCCUUGGGCCAAUAAAUGAGGUUUAUUUCUCAGUCAAAAUGGGCGAUGGAAUGGUCGCGAGCAGCUUCAAGAAGGGAGACAAGGUCUACAUUGGCGGCGACAAACUGCUACCAAUCGAGAGGUUUCUGCCCAAACCAAAAGUCGUCGGUGGUGUUACUAAACGCGGUCGAGGACAGGAAGGGGAGGUGGUGGGUCAAGAGGAUUCCAGCCCAGAGGCAGAGGCGGGUCACGAGGCGGAUUCGGAGGUGAUCGAGGCAGAGGCUUCUCUCGUGGUGGCGGGAGAGGCGCACCAAGAGGGAGAGGGUGGUAAUAUUUUGAUUCCUGGCACGCUUGCGCCCGGCAGUAGUCUCGACAGAGAGACAGGGGACUCAGACGGUAUUGCAGUAGCCUCUUCUCUCAACACGCAACGCGAGCAACUGCCUAUAUUCAAGCAUCGCGACAAACUUCUCUAUGCCAUCGAGAAGCACGGAGUCGUCAUUCUUGUUGGCCAGACUGGCUGCGGGAAAACUACGCAACUACCUCAAUAUCUUAUGGAAGCUGGUUGGGCGCAGAAUGGCAAUGUCAUCGCGUGCACACAACCUCGACGUGUUGCAGCAACUUCGGUUGCCUCUCGUGUUGCUAAUGAAGUCGGCUCAAUACUAGGUGACGAGAUUGGCUACACAAUCCGCUUUGAAGACGUUAGCGACAAACAACGCACACGAAUUCUCUACUUGACCGACGGAAUGCUCUUUCGUGAGACUUUGGUCGACCCUCUUCUCAGUCGGUAUAGUGUUAUCAUGAUUGACGAGGCCCACGAAAGAAGCAUCUACACCGAUCUCCUUCUCGGUGUGCUGAAAAAGUUCACUUUGCUUGACGGCGAGGACCAGUAUUUACGAUUCCCUAGGAUUCGUCGGAAACGACCCUCGUUGCGUAUUGUCGUAUCUUCAGCUACGCUCGAUGCUACAUCAUUCUUGCACUAUUUCACCGCAUCCACGUCCCCUGACGAAGCGACAAUAGUCAGUCUGGAAGGCAGAAUGUACCCCGUGGAGGUCGCAUAUCUUGACACGCCUACGCCAGACUACGUCAAAACCGCUGCUCAAGUGGUUUGGAAUAUAAAUCUCCAGUCAGGACCAGGGGACAUUCUCGUGUUCUUGACUGGACGUGACGAUAUAGUACGCUGUACGGAAGAGUUGCUUGAGCUUCUGCCAACGUUACCUCGCACUGCGACGCGACUGAUUCCAUUACCGCUCCAUGCCGGUUUAACGACUGAUGAGCAGCUUCGAGUUUUCCAACCUGCAGAUCGCGGCACACGAAAAGCCAUCAUUGCCACUAAUAUUGCUGAGGCAAGCGUCACAAUUGAUGGCGUAAAAUUCGUUGUUGAUAGUGGCUUCGUGAAAAUCCGAAUAUAUAAUCCUACGACGGCCCUCGCGUCACUAGCAACCGUCCCUACGUCCCAAGCGUCCGCCACCCAACGAGCAGGACGUGCCGGUCGGACGUCGCCGGGCAUAUGCUACCGGCUUUACCCGAAAGCGAUAUCAGAUACUCUUUCGCUCGCAACACCACCAGAAAUAACGCGCACUGACAUGACCACGCCGAUAUUGCAACUCAAGUCCCUGGGAAUCGACGAUCUCAUGAAGUUUGAGUGGGUUUCCGCGCCACCUGCUGAAAGCGUGCUGCGUGCAUUGGAGGGCCUCGUCGCCGCUGGCAUGAUUGGAGAAGACGGUCGCUUGACGGUUAUGGGAGAGCAAGUAGCCGAAUGUCCAGUCGAAGUCGGCAUCGCGCGGAUGCUUUUCAGCUCGAAGGAGCACAAAUGUGGUGAUGAGAUUUUGACUAUCGCCGCAAUGACUGCGGUCCAGGAUGUCUUCAUUAUUCCUGAUGGUGCCCCUGGCGCAUUAGCAGAAUUAGAGCGUCGGAAAUUUACUGCUGAGGAAGGGGACCAUCUUACUCUCCUAAACGCAUAUAACGCCUUCACAAAAUACGGCCGCUCGUCAGGCUGGUGCAAAUCACACGCACUUUCUUUCAGGGCCAUGUCUCGAGCGGUUUCCAUACGCGCUCAACUGAAAAAAUAUAUGCAGCGAUUCAAUCUGCCGAUAGAAAGCUGCCAGGGAGACGCUGCACGUUUGCGGCGUUGUCUUGUCAGUGGGUAUUGGCGUAACGGGGCUCGGUGGGUAGCAGAUGGCACCUACCGAUCCGUUCGAGGCAAUCGAACACUCCAUGUUCAUCCGACAUCAGUACUAUUCACCCGAAAGCCGCGUUCAGGCUGGGUCGUAUUCCACGAAAUGGAGGAAACAACGAAAACUCAAAUUCGAAUCAUCACCGAGAUUGAACCCGACUGGCUGGUAGACCACGGUCACCACAAGUUCGAAACAGGGCGUUCAUGA